AUGAAACCAGUCUACCUCGACCCAGGAGGUGUAGAACCAGUCUACCUCGACCCAAGAGGUGUAGAACCAGUCUACCUCGACCCAAGAGGUGUAGAACCAGUCUACCUCGACCCAAGAGGUGUAGAACCAGUCUACCUCGACCCAAGAGGUGUAGAACCAGUCUACCUCGACCCAAGAGAUGUAGAACCAGUCUACCUCGACCCAAGAGGUGUAGAACCAGUCUACCUCGACCCAAGAGAUGUAGAACCAGUCUACCACGACCCAAGAGGUGUAGAACUAGUCUACCUCGACCCAAUAGGUGUAGAACCAGUCUACCUCGACCCAAGAGGUGUAGAACUAGUCUACCUCGACCCAAGAGGUGUAGAACCAGCUAGGUCUACCUCGAUCCAAGAGGUGUAG